AAUCGGAGCCGUUAACUGACAUGGCGCGAAAGGAGUUUGGGGGUGGGGGAAUGACGGUUGGUGAGGUUUAGCAGACGUUAGGGUUUCGAAAAGAUAGAUUUUCUGGAAGAACAGUGGUUAAUUCUAAGUGCAGGGAUUUGACGAGUUAAGGCUUCAAUUCAAGAAGAAGAAGAAGAGCAUAGCGGUUAUUGAUGGAGAAUAGAUUGGAAAAAACAAAACUUGAGACUCUAAAGCCACCGAUGCAUGAAGGAACACCUUUCGUUUUCCCUCGUCAUCGCAGGCCUCUCAAGAGCGAGACUUUCCGCACUCUGGUUCGGAUCCUAUCUCACUGUCUUGACGAAUGUGAAAGUUCUCCCAAGCUCCAAAUCGUUUCUCCAGGUAGCCAGGCCAUUGAACUAGGGCAGGAAACUCAAGAGGUACUCCACGAACUUGUCGAUCCGGAUAGGCGAGAGCCUGAGAAUUUGUUGAUCGAGAAUACUGAAAUUAUUGAUACCAAUGAUGAAACCUUCAGCACGGUGGUAAAAGAUGGUGUGGGUCGCAGAAUGGUAGUAGAGGGAAAUGAGGAUUUUGUUUGCGACAAUGUUCUCAAACCUACAAAUGUAUCAACGGAAAAAGAUCUAAUGGUUGAUGAUAUUCCCUUGGUGAAUGACCAAAGUGAUCCUGUUGUUUCUGAAAAGAUUGACAUCGAAAAAUUAGGGAUAAUAGAAAAUGACAGACAUUUGAAUUUUGAAGUUCUAGGAGCGACUAACUUAUCUAUGGAAAACAGUCCGACUACUGAAAAAUCUGUAUCAGUCAACAGCGCACAGAAUAAAAUUUCUUCUUUGGAAAAUAGUGUGGUUGAUGAUAUUCCCUUUGUGAGUGACCAAAGUGAUCGUGUUGUUUCUGAAGAGAUUGUCAUCGAUAAAUUAGGGCUAAUAGAAAAUGACAUGCAUUUGAAUUUUGAAGUUCUAGGAGCGUCUGACUUAUCUGUGGAAAACAAUCUGACUACUGAAAAGUCUGUAUCAAUCCACAGCACUCAGAAUAAAACUUCUUUGGAAAAGUGCGUGGUUGAUGAUAUUCCCUUGGUGACUGACCAAAGUGAUCCUGUUGUUUCUGAAGAGAUUGCCAUUGAAAAAUUAGGGCUAAUAGAAAAUGACAGACAUUUAAAUUUUGAAGUUCUAGGAGCAACCAACUUAUCUGUGGAAAACAGUCCAACUACUGAAAAAUCUGUAUCAAUCAACAGCACACAGAAUAAAACUUCUUCUUUGGAAAAGAACAUGAUGGAAGAACUUCAGCAUGAAAUACAGCGGAAAGAACCGAACUUAAAGACAUUGGUUCCUUCUAUUGCUGCAGUAGAUACUAUUGAUGGUUUUGUUGCAGAUAGAGAAAUUGAAGAGGGAGAAAUAUCUGAUGAUCCAGAGAUUCCUGACCAGUUAAUUGAUUCAGUUGCCGAAGAUGCUGUGUUUGAGAUGCAGGGAAAAGAAGAACAUGUUUCUGCAGAUGCCUCUGAGAAAGAAGAUUUCUCCAAUAAUUCCGAGAAACAUGCAAGAGCUGAUGGAAUAGAUAUGCCCUUGACAUCUUAUCUUGAGAACACGGUUGAUUCUAUGGGUAACUAUAAUGAAGAGAAUUUCAAGGAACAAAAGAAAUUAGGGAAGGAGGAUAGCCCUAAUAUGAUGGUUAAUAACAGAAAUGGAAUGGUUGAACAGGCAUAUAAGGAUGGUAGUGUUCUAGGAGGUGGAACAAAUAAAAUGAAAGGUGAUGUAACCAAUGGAGAUUCUAAUUAUUCAGUAUCUAAUCCUGACAAUUUUGGGCUUCCUGAAAAGAUUCAUGAGAAAAAUAUAACUGGAAAUCCAGGAACAUCCACAGAAAAGGAUGUUAAAACUGACAAAAAGAGAAAGCGAAGUCCUUUGACUCAGGAAAAGAAAGCAAAGAAAAAGCUUCGAAGUAGAAAGAAACGUGCAGAAAAGAACAAGCUUCUUGGGAUUAAGAGGUUGAAAAUACAGCCAAUUUCGAAACCAAAAACUGUCAAGUAUUGCAAUCACUACUUAAAGGGAAGAUGCCAGAAGGGUGAUCUCUGCAGAUUUUCACAUGAUAUAAUUCCUCUAACAAAAUCGCAGCCAUGCAGUUAUUUUGCACGCAAUUCAUGCUUGAAAGGGGAUGAGUGUCCUUUUGAUCAUGAGCUUUCCAAGUAUCCAUGUAACAAUUACGUGUCCAAAGGUUCUUGCAUCAGAGGAGAUAAAUGCAUGUUUUCACACAAGGUGCCCCCAAAAGAAGUUCUGUCAUUGUCCAAAGUCGACAAAACACAGUCAGAGCCUACACAUCUGCCGCCUGAUACAAAUUCAAAGAAGCAACUGAACAUCAAGAGUACCUCUCAUCACUCCCUUAAGGAUAUGGAUGGAAAAACAAACCUAGGGCUGCCUUCCUCCAAGAGGACUCUCCUUCAAAGGAAUACACAGCAAAACAUUGUGGAGAGGAAUCCAAAACCACUUGCGCUGGCACCUGAAGGAAUACACUUUCUAUCAGUUGGGAAAACACCAUCAGAUGGUUCCAGUAGGAAUCAAGAAGGUGAUCCACCUUCCAAGAGGAUUGGUGAUGCUAAGAUAUGGAAUUGGGAGAACCAAGUUGCACCAGAGAAGCACCAGAGCUUGAAUGUGAUGCAUAGGAUGACUCAACAUGCAGUAACACCCAAAGGGAUAAGCUUUCUAUCAAUUGGAAAGGCAUCAUCAAGUGAUUUCAGUAAGCAGCAACGAGAUAUCUUGCCUUCAAAAAGGGAUGAUGGAAUUGAAAGUGCAACAAACAAGCAUGAAAGCUCCAAUGACAUGUUACUGAGGGUACCAGCAUGUCCACUUUCUAAAUACCAAUCAAACCCAUUAGUAGAUGGUAAUAACAAGAACACGCCAAACUCUGCUCAAAAGGCACUCUUGUCCACAUUAGCAUUUGCAGCGAAAUAUGAGUCUGAAAUGAUGGAGAGACGACACAAUGGUCCCACUGCUUUAAGCAUGGAAUCUGGCAAGAAUGAAUCAAUGAAAGCUUCUAAGAUUUUAGAGGAAUUCUUGUUUGGCAUUGGCAGUAGCAGCAAACAGUGAGUAGAAACAAGGAAAGAACAAUAGAAAUAUUUGUAACCAGUAAGCAUUCCUUGGAUGUAGAUAGUAAGAGUGGUUCUUAAGCUUUAGUUUUUUGACAUACAUGGAUCAUGGUUGAAUAAUAUUCACACCAGCCAUUGCAGACCGUCCAAUGUUUGAACAUCCUUUUACUUGGCUCUUCUAAUAGGCUUCCUCAGUCAACAUUUAUGUGGUUGAUAGAUAAGACCAGUUAAGCUUCAAAUCUGUCACAGUCAGAGGCUGAUUGGUACAUUGCUUGGAAUGUGGGUGAGGAAGACAACCUAGACUAGUGUAAACCAGUCUAGCAUUUCUCAUCUAAAUAACCUGCCAAUACAUGGGCGUGAAACCCUGCCUCUUGCAAGAGGGAUGUCUCAUACGCAGCUCAAUUUAAGGGUCAUUGUCUCCUCCCUUUGGACUAAGAGUUCUGAAACUUUGAAAUGAAAAGCUUGGAAGAAUGAUAUUCAGGGUUCAGAUAUUUUUUCAAACCAACCUGACUUUUUUGGUAUUAGGGUUCAGAUUGGAUCUGGGCUAAUCCAGCCCAAGUUGCAACCCUAAUUGGUAAUUAGGAGGGCCAUCAAUGCAUCACAGUUAACCAGAUCCACUUAGGCAUACUUUGAUUAAUCUAGACAGCCUCUAAAUAGAUCCAUUUGUAGCCCCGGAUCAAAUUCAGAUCCAACUGCUAUCCAAUGCCUCUGUUUAACUCAACUCAACAUUAAUUCUAACUACUGGGGGUCAACUACAAGAAUCGAGAAUCUUGUCCCACCAUUAUGUUCUAUUAGAUUCAUCAAGUCCUUGGAUUAUGAAUAUCCAAUUCUCAACUACUAGCAGUUGACCUUACCUGUAUGAUAUUGAUGGUACAUGAGUGAUUGCAUGUUACUGUU